AUGGUCAUUUCGACAGGCGCUCCUUUGAUACUGCCUGCUGAGACUUCUUCCAUGGAAAAAGAAAAAAGCCCUGAAGAGCCGCAAAUAACCCUUGAGCCAAAGGAGCCGGAUUCCCCUGCAGCCCUCGAGAAGGAUUUGCCGAAACCUGCUGUGACAUUUUCACCUCCUGAACGCUAUGCCUAUGCAAAGCAGCUCGAUCCUGAGUCAUGCCACACUGAGUACAAGUCGUUGAUGCCAAAUAUGGCUAAGAAGUAUCCUUUCGAGCUGGAUGCCUUCCAACAGGCUGCCGUUGUUUGCAUGGAGAAAGGGGAGUCAGUUUUUGUUGCUGCUCAUACAUCAGCAGGAAAGACCGUGGUCGCUGAGUAUGCAGUGGCUCUA